AUGAAAAAAGUGUCAGGCCAACCACGCGGGCUGAGUCAGCAGCCGACCGGAAGCUGGCCAACGAAAUGUCACCUGAUGAUGCGCCGGCAACAUCAUACGUCCGACGCCCACCGAUUCUCCCACCUCCUCCCUCAAGACCCAUUCGAACCACCAACCCCCCACAGUCCUCGCAGACACACGUCCGCUCCUCGCAAACCCAUCACAAUGUCUUCAAUUGCUGCUAUGGCCUCCCGCCGGGCCUUCGCCCGCCAGUCCUUCCUUCGCGCUCCCCCGCGCCGCUUCUACAGCUCCUCCAAGGUCGAGGAGGCUGGCCUGGACAAGGGCCCCAAGCGUGACCCCGAGCUCUACGUUCUGCUCGGUGUCAUGUCCGGUGCUUUCCUGCUUGCCGGAUGGUACUUCGGCAGAAAGCCCACCUCCGUCACCUCCGAGAGCAACGUCCGCAUUGGCGAGAGUGCCAUGCCCUGGGAGCAGGCCGACGAGAGUGGCAAGGUCUACAAGUACCAAUACCACCCCCACGGUGACAAGAGCCAGCCCCUGCGCAACGCCCCCAGCGCCUUGAACACUGUCAUUGUCCCCAACGUUACCCUGCCCGUGGGACCUCCACGAGCGCUACAACAAGUACGGAAAGGAGGAGUGGGACUACUAAAUAGUUCACCAUCUGCAAUUGCAGAACAAGGCUGUGUUGUUGAGAUCCUAGGAAGAAGUUGA